CAAGGCUAAAAGACGCGUCAUUUACUCGCAAAGGAAGAGCCGAACUGCUGGAGUUUCCCCAUCUGUUUUUAUCCUUGAGACGAAACUGUGUGCACCGUUCGGCACGCGAGCCAGGAGCGGACAGUAGCUGAUAUCCCGUCUAUCAGCAUGCGCUAAAACGCCAGACCAUACAAUAUAAGAAGCAGCAAACCUCGGGAGUUUACUUUUCAUGGUUCUUUUUGAAAGAAAAUCCAGAUGGAAUUGGACAGACAUUUUUGGCAGUCCUGUGACUGACAGUUAAGCUUUGUUCCAGGACACUUUGAACAUGGAUGUAAGUCGAUAAAUUUCGGACAAAACUGUUGCAUAUCUAAAGCGCAUCUCUAUGAUCUGGGAUCAAAAGCGAAAGGAGUCUAUUUUAAAUCUGACACAUGAUCAGGACCGGAUUUGUGCACCAACCCGAACCCCAACACGGGAUUGAUGGUCCUUAUACCUGUGUGCGUGUCACUCACCUCCUAUCUGGCGUGAUUUGAUCUUUUGUAAGGCUACUAGCUCAACUAAUAGAUGACGAGUACAAUAAAACAGUCACGCGCUGUCGUUUACGUUACCUAAGUGAAAGGUAGCAGCGAUAUUGGUAACAGAGAAACGUUGGCCCAGAAGCCGCCUGUGCAACGUUGUGCGACACCGUUUUUCCCUCCAGGCAGCACUAGAGAAAUUGGAUUUGGAAAUUGAGCCAUGGAGCCCCUCCGCCUGGACGCAUAACCUAGUCUGUUGCAUGUGGUUCGGUAACCCGGAGUACAGUCGAUCGAAGGGAUCCUAUCUUCUUGCUGGCUUGUGUCUCUCCGAGAAGCGUGUAAGAUGGCUGGAAGUGACUGCUCGUGGAAAUAUUACCUCUGGAUUUUGACAGCCAUGUGCAGAUACGCGUUACCCGCAGCCAAAUCACUGGAGUCUGUUGUGUGGAAUUCACAAAAUUACAAGUUUGUGUCUGGGAAGGGCUUGGUGAUCUACCCGGAAAUCGGUGACAAACUGGACAUUAUCUGCCCCAAAGGGGACAUGGGAAGACCGUAUGAGUUUUAUAAACUCUACCUGGUGAAGAAAGAGCAGGCCGAGUCCUGCAGCACCAUACUGGACCCCAAUGUGCUGGUGACCUGCAACAAACCAGGGAAAGACAUCAAAUUCACCAUCAAGUUCCAGGAGUUCAGUCCAAACUACAUGGGACUUGAAUUCAAACGCAUGGCAAACUAUUACAUCACCUCAACUUCUAAUGGAACACAGGAAGGGUUGGAAAACAGAGAAGGUGGGGUUUGUAGCACAAGAUCCAUGAAGAUCAUCAUGAAAGUGGGCCAAGAUCCAAAUGCACCAGAUCCAGAUUUAACAGACCUCCCAGACCGGGACCGGGACAAUGAGAUCAAGGACCCCACAACCAGCCCUUCCCGCAAGAUAGACCGAGACCGAAGCAGAGACGCAGAUGGGAACGGAUCCAUAAUGCCCGGCAGAGACACGAGAAACCAGGAUAACAGUCCCGGUUCGGUGGAAGGUAUUUUCGGCUCUAAACCGGCUCUCUUCGCUGCCAUCGGAGCCAGCUGCGUCAUCUUCCUCCUCAUCAUUAUCAUCCUCAUAGUCUUGCUCCUCAAGCUUCGCAAGAGAACCCGCAAACACUCGCAGCCCAGGGGCGGAACUGCCCUGUCACUCAGCACUCUGGCCACACCCAAAGGAGCCGCCCAGGCCGGCUCAGAACCGAGUGACAUCAUCAUCCCCCUGCGGACAUCAGAGAAUAACUACUGUCCGCACUAUGAAAAAGUGAGUGGAGACUAUGGGCACCCCGUCUACAUAGUGCAGGAAAUGCCGCCCCAGAGCCCCGCCAAUAUCUACUACAAAGUCUGAGAGAACAAGAGCGAAGCAACCGCAAUAAGAACUCGUUUUUGUAAGGUAUCCUGAAUCUUUUUUUCAUUACCUAACCCCGUCUGCUCCGUGUGCGAGAGGGAGAAGUGGAAAAGAGGAAUGAAAAAGACUAUGUGGAUGAUAUUCCUCUCAGAUUUCCUUCCCUCCGUCCCUUUUCCGAACACUACACUGUGUGUAUGUGUGUGUGCCUGUCGCUCUCGAUGUGUGUGAAACGGCAGAAAGCCUCUCCAAAUUGCGUGGCACUCAGGCACAGACUUCACUGCUGAAGAACAGCCGACAACCAAUCACAGAGGGCCGCUAGAGUGACAUCACAAAGCAGGAAGCUCUCAUUUGUGUUUUUUGUACCAUUACGACUACUUAAUGGUACUUAGUUUUUUGUCUGUUUUUCAUCCAUCACAGUGUUUCGUUUUUAUCAGUAUCAACUCGAUUCUUUCGCAGUGUCUCGCUCAAAGAAAAUGUCUUAAACACCGUUACGAAUGCCGCUCUCUUCCUCACACACUCAAUAUGUCCUCUCAUUUCCUUGCGUCUCUCCAGACAUUCAUUCAUUUGACAUGCUGUAGAGGCAACUGAACAAAAACACACACUCGUACUCGUACACACUUUGGUGUUCACAGGUCAGUAACAAACAGCUUCUCGGUGGAAAAGCGAGUGAGUGAAAUAGGGAAUUUAAUAUGUAAACACCAGUGUCAGACCUUCCAGAACUCCUAGUCUGCUUUUUGUUCAUUUGAGAAUUGUUUCAAUUGAAAUUCUCUCUCCUCUCAGCCGAAAAACACACAUAGUUAUUUUUUAUCUGUUGUCAGUGAUGCGUGAAGUGCUGAGUAAUAUUUGUAUCUUGUCAUUGUUUUUUUUUAAAUUUUAUCUCCCAAAGGUUUGUAGGUCAAAAACAUCUUUAGGGAUUUGCCUCUACACCAUGAGCCUAUGACCUCUUUUCAGUCACAAACAUGCUAACGCGUAUCUUUGCAUAAUUUUGUCCACUAACAUGUUUUUGUUUGUUUGGAUGUAGACAUGGACUCUAACACUAUGACCAUGUGUAUGUAGAGUCCCAUGCAGAAGCCAAAAAUCCAUCGACAUACAGAACACAUGAAAUUAUGCCUUCACCUCUCCCUCCUCUCAGAUAUGCUCAUAAAUUAUCCCUGUUUGCAAACAAACACACAGCAAAAAUCCACGAAUCAGAGAAUCAAAACAAGCUCAACAUAUCAUCCUGGAAAAUCUAGUGCUAGAUCUAUUUUUAUAUGUACUGCACGGGAAAUGAUAAACAGCAAACAGUGGCGGCAGGUGUGUUUAUGCCUAUGGUAAUUUAAAAUGAGCAGCAUUGCAUCUGGCCUCCAGCGCAGCCAAUCAGAGGAAGCCCAAUAUUUCUCUCUAGCUUUCUCAUAAAAUAGAUUUUUAAAUAAUAUUUCAAUUAGGGUUUACUGCUGUUGUUUUUUAUUGUUGUUUCUUCUUAAUUUAGUUUCUAAGGCCCGAGAUUAUGUAAAUAAUGUAUGUUGGGAAAAAAUUUUGAAUAUAAAAGUUCCAUUUUAUUAGAGACCCUGUUAAUGAAAAUAUAAUUAGGAUUUUUGAAAAUGCAAAAGCUUUUGUAAAUAGUCUUUUUUGGAAAAAGACAUUUUGUAAGUAAAAUGUUUCCUGUCUAAUGGUUUUCUCUUUUUAUUUUACUUGUUUUUUUCGGUUGGUUUUUGAUUAAGGAGACUUAGAGGUCCCUGUACAACGGGUUUUAAAAGGUCAGCCUAAAGCAGCAAAAAGACAUUCAAGUCCCUUUACAUACACACACUGAUACACACUUUAUCCUCCCUAUUUCACAAGGGGAUGGUGGUAUUUUUGUUUUAUUUCAUUUUUACAAAUGCUGUGAUGGAACCAGGUCAAAUAUUCCAUGACAGGGUUCAUGGAGGAGGAAAAGAGGAGAGAGAGAGAGAGAGAGAGUUAUUACUCAAGAAAUGCCUAAACUCACACACACACAAUUACUAACUGACCCACCAGUCAUUCUUAUAGCACACGAUAUACAUACAUAUAUGUAAACACCAUAAGAUACAGGGCAAGCACCAGCAAAACUAAACCAGCAACUGCUUGUGCAACUAAACUGAAUAUUCAUGUAAGUUUUUCUGAGCUGUUUAUGGCAGUUCAGUUCUUUAGGAUUGACAUUAGAAGAGCACUUUUUGAAAUUCAUGGCUUUGUUUUUACCCAUAGAAAUGCACAUAGGUGCACUGACCGCACCAGUCAGCUUAUUAAAGUGGAUCAGUCACGGUAUCACACUGUAACAAAAUCAUUUUCUUACACAUUCAUUUUGUCUUGUUUUCCAGUACAAAUAUCCUGACAACAAAAAGGUUGCUUUGAAAGCAAAAUGACAGUACAUGUAUGUAGUCUUUGUUUCAGAGAAAUCUAACAGGUUUUGAUGAGGUUUAUGCUCACCAAAACAACUGAAUUCAGUCCUAAAUAUUUAGAUAUUUUACUGGAAAAAGAAAAAAAAAUACUGUUUUAUUUAAUUUAUUUUUUUGCAUAGUUUUAUGGAUCAGCGCUGCUGUAGUGGGAUCUUAUUCAGUGACUGACUGUCUUUUGCUUCAGGCUUUUUGCAGCUUAGCUCACACAUUAGGUUUGCGGCACUCUUAACAGCUAUAAGGCAUACACUUCCUUUGACGUUUGUCUGUACCCUAACAAUAAGAUGAAAAAAAUAGUCAUCUUGUUUAUCAGAUUGGACUUGAGGCUUUGAUUCCUCUCUAAUGCUGCGGUCAGACACCUGUGAUGUUGUGUGGAUCUUACUGAUAUCUGUUAAUAACAUUUCUCCCAGUGUGGUUGACUUAUUUGAGGAGAACUUACUUAAAACCAAGCAUUCACGCAAACACACACACACACACACACUCCCCCUCAGGCAAAGAGACAGAUUGGUGGUGACUUUUGACCCUGUAAGGAUUAUCACAAUAUUAUGAAAAAGACAAAUCUAUUGAGAAAACCUUCUCCAUGGCCUAGAUUCAUCUCAUCACACACAAUUCAUCCACUCUUUCACAAAAUGUACUUGUUCAUAGAGCGGGUCAGUGCAGUGAUGAGGACUUAGGCCAACCGCGACUCCCACAAAAAAGCUUGUGCUGAAUAUCAUUUCCUCCUGCUGUUGCUGAUUUUUUUUUAUUAUUAUUAUUCAGUGAACUACAUUAUUAUUGUUAUAAUGUUCUUUUACUAAGAUUUUGUUGCAGAUUUCAGUAUUAUUGAUUUAAGUUGUGAUGUAUGUGUUGGCAGUGCUGAUGCCCCUGUGGCGACAGUGGUUUUUUGUUUUGGUAGAAUUCACACAGUGUCCUCAGAGUUCCCCGAUAUAUGACACUAAAGCCAAGUCUCAGCCCUCAGAAAGCGUUUUAAAAGGAUAAAUAAAGUUUUUUCCUAUGGAA